AAGUGUGGUAACUAACACCUCUAUCAUUCUCUUUCAAAACCUUAGUCUGGACAAAUUUAAAAUUUCUUGUCGUAAUUCUGUUUAGUUAAAGGAAUUCUAGAGUUAAAAGGGUUGUUUUAUUUCGAAACCAGUUUAAUGCAUUUUCAGAAAUAAAGAUCAUUUAUGAAUCAGACAUCGGAAUUUCUUUAAAUGAAAAACCAAGAAUGGAUCGAGUUUUAUUUUCCAAAAAGAUAUAUUUUUGUUUUUGUUGCUCUCGUGGGGACGACGAGCAUGUACGCUAUUCGGACAAGCAUAAGUGUCGGUAUUGUCGCAAUGGUGAACCAAACAGCUAUAUGGACCGAAAGAAACAGCUCUUCGAAUAGCAUAACAGGAUGUCCCAAUUUUGAAUAUUACAAUAAAACAAGCAGAGUGGACAUGGAAUACAAAGGAGAACAUUACAAUUGGGAUAUCAGAGCACAAUCUCAUAUUCUGGGUUCAUAUUUCUAUGGUAACAUAGCUACCCAAUUGAUCGGAGGAAUAUUAGCUGAAAAAGUUGGUGCUAAAUAUGUUUAUGGCGGAGGAAUACUUUUGACAGCCAUUGUUUACUUGCUGACGCCAUUGGUCGCCAGAUGGGGUUACACUGCUGUUGUCGUAAAUCGGAUCAUUCAAGGUCUAGGAGACGUAAGCAGGCAAUUUUAG